AUGAUGGAGAGGUCAGGAUACCUCGUUGCCAGGAACCUGGAUGAGUUAAACCAUGCAUUCCAGCUUGUCCCUCGAAGCAAGGACUGUGUGAAAUGUGACGAUGAUACACAACUUGAAUGUCCAAAGUGCGCAGAUAACGAAGUCUGCCAAUUCACCGUUCCCCUCGACUGUACCAUGUGUGCUACAUCCUUCUGCGAAAAGGACUCGGACAACUCCAGCAACAGCGGCGGCGGUGGCCCAAAUGUUGGUGCUAUCGUUGGUGGUGUUCUCGGUGGCAUCGUGGUCAUUGCUAUUGCUACCUACAUAGUAUGGAGAUUCUGUAUCAAGCCGAAACGUUCGCAGAUCCCCACGUCUAUAUACAUCGAAGACACAGACGCCAUUCAGAAUGAGAAGGAUGCUGCCUCAAGAGGAACUCGCCCGCACUCUACACACACCGUUCACUCAAUCGCAUCAACAGUCCUCACGCGAGCAUCAAACAUCAUCCAGAUCGCAUAUAUCCCCGGCGUCACAAACCGAGCGACCCCGACAUCGCCAAACGUUCUUGUCCCUCCAGUCCCACCGAUCCCUAUGCACCAUGCCGAGGCCAACCGGGGUCUAGGACACGAUGAUCAGCAUUUCUUUGUUCCUGGCGAUCUCCGAGACUCUACCUACUCGGGGCUAUCAGGCUACUCGGACCGAACAUCAUACGCUCGUACCUCUUACGCACCUCGAUCUAGUGUGGCUUCUACGAUUUAUGGAAAACAGGCUCAGGUUCUUACACCUGCCCAGACCGGAAUGAGAGCCAAGCCCACCGUUGUCAGUGUCAAGUCCGUCGGUAACAACAGCGGCGACAUGGUGGCACCUCCAGUCCCUACAAUUGACUUCGAGAAGUUUGGUGGCGGCAGGCCCAAGAGCGGUGCAAGUGCGUUCAGCGUCGGCUCAACGUUCCUCAACAGCGCCAACACUGCUACGCAGGCUCGCGCACAGGUGGUCAAAGUUGGAACAUUGAAGAAGGUCGACGUGGGAAGUAAGACAGAAUCAGACACAUCGUCAUCAACCAUGGCACCAUCACCACCAACAACACCAAGUGGCCGUGUUACUAGAGAUUCGAGCAUUACCGUUAUCGAUGAGUCGCCUUCUGUGGACCAAGGCCCUUUCUCGGACCCCCCAGAGCGAUCUAGUCCACAGAAAGCAAACAAGGCCCCUAGCCUUGGUGCCGUCAUGGAAGAUUCAGCAGGCGAGGAUGACAAGCCUCUGACUCUCACGCGGCGGGACAGCAGUCCUUUUGGGGAUAAGCACGCGACAAAAGAGUAG